AUGAUGGACUGUCUCAAAGCAAGCAAGAAAAAGCACCAUGCGUACGUCAACCCACUCUACAAAGAAAAGCGUGACGCGUAUGUGGACGGACUUCACGACACCUGGAAGCUUGUGUCGAACGUAGAAGAUCCAUACCUAGGUCCAGCAUCUCUUGCUAAGUUUGGCAUCGAGUGUCACAAUCUCCUUCAAGAGUCGUCCUUUGACGAGGCGCCAUAUGCCACUAAAUUCUUUCGCAAAAUGCCUCACGAAAAGCUACAGGAAUACGAGAUCGACUGCAGUGACAAACAGACCAUGAUCGACGUUAGUGUCCAGAAGGAUCUGUCGGUUUCAAAUGAGCAGGAUCUCUGCGACGAACUCCAUCCUCUCGGGCUAGCCGGAGCAAUGUGCAACGCAUUGCAACUCGCCUUCGAUACACACGAGAGAAAGACAACAGACCACUGGAUGGAAGCGAGCGUAUGA